UUGGUAAAAAAGAAGCCUGUUUUUUUUUUCAGUGUGCAACUUGCGAAAUUAUUACCAUGCCGUGCACGUCGACGUGUAACACGUGGCCUUAAGCGAAAGCAUUUGUCACUUCUGAAUCGCCUGCGAAAAGCCAAAAAGGAGGCUGGCAUGCAUGAGAAGCCGGCCGUAAUUAAGACGCAUCUGCGCGAUAUGAUUGUUUUACCCGAAAUGGUCGGCUCAGUGGUUGGUGUAUACAACGGCAAAGUAUUCAAUCAGGUAGAAAUCAAGCCGGAGAUGAUCGGUCAUUAUCUGGGCGAAUUUGCGAUCACGUACAAGCCUGUGAAGCACGGUCGACCAGGUAUCGGAGCAACACAUUCCUCGCGUUUCAUCCCACUCAAAUGA